AAAAAAGCUAGAUAGUCACACCCUAGCAAUCGGAUGGUGGCAACCCUGCAACACAAUUACCAUUGAAUUGUUUUUACGAAACUUGACGAAUAUUUAAUUUUCCGGAAAUGUUGCGUAAAUUAUGCAGACAGGUGGGCCAGCAGGUGGGUCAGCAAGCACGUUUCACAGCUUACCGCACAUUCUCCUCGACAAAAGCGCUGCGCAAAGAUGCUGCGCCCCAGGAGGCGGCGGAGUCCGGCCCGCCCAAGAACAUCCUGGUGGAGAAGGACAAGAACAUCACGCUGAUCGGAAUUAACCGGCCGCAGCAGCGCAAUGCCAUCGAUUCCCUCACCGCCUCGCAGCUCUGUGACGCCUUCGCCACUUUCGAGGCGGACGACACGUCGCCGGUGGCCGUGCUGUACGGCGUGGGCGGGUCCUUCUGCUCCGGCUUCGACAUCCUGGAGAUCAGCACCGACGAGAAGGAGGAGAUCAGCGUCGACAUCCUGAUGCGGCCCGAGGGCUCCGUGGGCCCCACUCGCCGCCAAAUCAAGAAGCCAGUCGUGUGCGGCAUCAAUGGCUACUGCAUAGCAAACGGCCUGGAACUGGCCCUGAUGUGCGAUCUGCGCGUCAUGGAGGAGUCCGCCGUACUGGGAUUCUUCAAUCGCCGCUUCGGCGUGCCAAUGCUCGAUGCCGGCACUAUUCGUCUGCCGGCCAUGAUUGGCCUGUCCCGUGCCCUUGACCUGAUACUCACUGGUCGUCCGGUGGGCUCCCAGGAGGCCCACGACAUCGGCCUGGUCAACCGGAUCGUGCCCACGGGCACUGCCCUGGGCAAUGCCCUGGAGCUGGCCACGUGCAUUGCCAAGUUUCCGCAACGCGCGCUCAUUCACGACCGCAACUCGGUCUACUCGAGCACUUUCGAAACGUCCACGUUCCAUCAGGCGGUGCAGAACGAGGUGAUGUUCACUUCGCGUGAGAUCAUCGAGGAUAUGCAGAACGGCAUCAAGUGGUUUAACCAGACUUUUCAGCCGGACAACACGCAUUCGUGGCUAAAGCGGGAUCGCUCCAUGGCCGACUGGGAUGACGAGGAAGUGGCUGAGGCCGCCGCGCAAAAGGAGAAACUAAAGCAAGAGCAGGAGGCUGCCCUGGCCGAGGCCGAAAAACAAAAGCAGGCCGAAAAGGACCAGAAAAAGUCAAAGAAGGCUGAAGAAAAGCCAGCUGAAAGCGCAGAUAGUAAAGAUCCCAAAGACAAGCCAACUGAAAAAUAGGAAAGCCUGAUAAAAAAAAACAAAAUUACCUGUUCCCAAUCAUUUAAAAUAAUUUUGUACAUAACGCACUCAUAAGCAGUUCCAAACUGAUCCAUUCGACUUUGCUAACUUAUUGAAAUACAUUAUUGUAAUCGGAAA